AUGUCAUCCAGCGCCACCUCAAGCCCGGCCUCAAGCAAACUCCCGUUUCCCUCGAAUUCAUCCAAUUACUCCCAGGCUCCGUCCUCCGCCGGCGUCGAUCUCUCCUCCAAACGAAGUAACAGUUCAGGAAGUUUUGGUGCUGGUUCGUCUACGCGUCAUACUUCACAGGCGCGCGCGAACCAGGCACUCCGGAAGCAACACAAGGGGCAGCAGAGGAAACCAAGACUGUUGUUGGAUGAAGAUGCCAUUGCUGAGACCGCAGCCAUGAGAUCAAUCAACAGUCGUAAAGGCCAAACCUCUAUUACUCACCUUAUGAACUUUUCUCUUCCGCCACGGCCGCAGAAUCAUUAUCAGCACCACUUCAACCACCGUCAUCCGAGGCGGAACCCUACUUGGGGUCUGGGGUCUGGUUAUCAUGCUGUGGACAAAGCUCGUUACGUCCAUGCAAACUACAGGUUUAUUGUGCGGCCGGAUCGGGAGUACCAUGCUCAGACGUCAGAUGCGGAUGUCUACGUGAGCUGGGAUGCUGUCUUGCAAGUGUUGGCGUCGGCGGAGACACAAGCGGCGAGCUGUCCCAUAUGCCUGUCCACGCCUGUGGCUCCACGCAUGGCCAAAUGUGGUCAUAUCUUCUGUCUGCCUUGCCUGAUCCGCUUUAUGCAUGCGACUGACGAGGCGAAUCCGGUUCCUGAAAAGAGAGCAAGGUGGAAGAAAUGCCCCAUCUGCGAGGACAGUAUCUAUAUAUCCGAGGCCAGGCCAGUACGAUGGAUGGCCGGUCAGGAUGCAAGCAUGUUAAGAGAAGGUGGAGACGUACUCCUCAAACUGCUCAAGCGUGAACCUGGAAAGACUCUUGCUCUUCCUAGCGAGACUGCAAGUGGCUAUGGACGUGCGGAUGACAUUCCUUGGUUUCAUGUUGCUGCAGUCAUGGAGUAUGCCCGGUUUAUGAAAGGUGGUGAAGAGUACAUGAGGUCCCAAUACGACCAAGAAAUUGUGGCUCUUGAUGCUCAAGAGAGGGAAGACGAGUUAAUGUUCGGCGACGAGAAUACCUGGACGCGGAAGGCUGUGCUUGCUAUCGAGGAUGCCCAACAGAAACUGGCAGGUCUUGGUAAUCCUCCCCCGACAUCUACCACGGUCAAAAAGGAUGAUGAAAUCCCAGAAUCAUGGGAGACGGCCGAUCAGCCACUACCAUCCGCUUUGGCCAGCGCCAUGAGGUCCUUGACGGUGGGAGAGAGCUCUUCCAUUUCCACCUCACCCUCGAAUACGCUACAACCCAAUACCGGCACGAUGCGUUCUCAGUCGCAUGCUUUCUACUUCUACCACGCAUUACCGAAUUUCUUUCUUUCACCUCUAGACAUUCGCAUUCUCAAGACAGCUUACGGCGAUUUCUCGACUUUUCCAAUGACGAUUCUACCACGAGUAGAACACAUCUCGACAGGACAUAUCGUGGACGAUGAGCUGAGGAAACGAGCUAAAUAUAUGGCACACUUGCCCUACGGCUUCGAGGUUAGUUUCCUUGAAUGCGACUGGACCGAUAUCAUCCCGCCCUCCGUUCUAGAGCAGUUCCAAGAUGACAUCGUGAGAAGACGAAAGCGUCAUUCAGAGAGAGAGGCACGAGAAGAGAGGGAUCGAAUCCGUGCAGAGAAAGAAGAGGACGAUAAGCGAUGGGCCCCCGUCAGAAGGCAAAGGAGGGAGAGCUCUGCGCCUAGGAGCUUCAGCGAGUCAGAUUUUCGACCUCUGAUUGACACCAACACUCAUCCCAGCUCUUCGCCUGGGGAAUCUGGACUUGCCACGACACCACCGUGGAACACAAGGACCCACUCGUCCUUUGCUGCCCUGACCACUCCCGGAACCAGCCCCGAUGCUCCUAGAACGGUAUGGGGCACGGCAGCUGUGAUGGCGACAUCGCCUCCGCUGACUGCCGCCCAUGAACCUACGCACGAUGAUGGAUGGCUUCAGGGCUGGGAGAAAGACCUGUUGGAUGAGCACGAUGCGGUAGCUAUGGUCGAGGCAAGUCUCAACGAUGGAAGCAAGGCUGUAGGAACAACGGGCAAGAGAGCUAAGAAGAAGAAGAUCACGCUGAUGUCUACGAACAAUCGAAGAGGAGCUUGA